AUGCCGAACGUUAAGGACGUCGAUGCCGCCCAGUUCAUCAACGCUUACGCUCAACACUUGAAGCGGUCGGGUAAGAUUGAAAUGCCUACGUGGGUCGAUAUUGUAAAGACGGGAGCCUUCAAGGAGCAGGCUCCUUACGACCCAGACUGGUGGUACGUUCGUGCUGCCACGCUGGCUCGCCACGUCUACCUGCACAAGUCGGUCGGUGUCGGUGCGCUCUGCAAGCUCCACGGUGGCCCUAAGAACCGCGGCUUCCGUCCCUCGCACCACAGUCGCGCCUCGGCCUCGGUCCAGCGCAAGGUGCUUCAGAGCCUCGAGGCAAUUGGUGUGGUUGAGAUUAGCUCGAAGGGUGGCCGUAUCAUCUCGCAGGAUGGCAUGCGUGACCUCGACCGCAUUGCUGUGGCUGUUCUUGAGUCGCAGCGCGAGGAUGAGGAGGAUGAAGACGAGGAUGAGGACGAGGACGAGGACGAGGAGGACGAUGAGUAA